CUGGAAUAGUGUAAUAAUCUGGCACUGGUUUGCGUGUGUUUGGCUGUGAAUGUUCACGUCGACCGAGCUAGCUUUUUGGAGAGUGACUGGGCAAUCCAUGGCAGAGUAACGUGACUACGCGGUUCUUCUUCAUUUGAGCGUCAGCGUCGCGACAGACUCCCGACUCGACAGCGGUGUGUGCCCUGGCUGUCUGCUGAUGGACAAUCAUCAGCUCUUUUGCACAUUAUCUGCAUUGACAUGCUUCCUACCUAUGCUAAUUGCUUACAGUUACUGAUCCACAUGAGUUAAUCGCGGAAUCUUCCUCUUUCUUUUUCCACCACCCUUUCAUUCCCCGGCACUUUGAUGCUGCACCCAGCCAAUCGAAGGCCACUAUUUCCUCUCCCAUUGGAACACAUCGACCCGGAGUCAACUCUCUCUCUCCGCUCCAUCCAUGUCGGCUUCGCAGAGCAGUGUCGCUCCGCCAAAUGGACCGCCCUUGUCGCGAUCGCACCGAACAUCCUUUAGUGCCUCUCAGCCUCCGGCCUCCGGCCCAGCCGCAUCGCCUCCUCCGCCAGCCUCGCAACAAUCGAACAUGUCCGUUAGUUUCUCGAACGGUGGUGGAGGCGGUAGGCUGAUGGAAAGCCGCAGCUUCGGAGGCUAUGGAGAUAAUAGUGGGCAUGGGUUCUAUAACGGGAACUACAGACCUCAAAUCUACACGGCUGUUUACUCCAACGUCUCAGUUUAUGAAAUGGAAGUCAACGGCGUUGCGGUAAUGCGACGACGGUCUGAUUCGUGGUUGAAUGCGACGCAGAUCCUCAAAGUCGCAGGUGUUGUUAAGGCACGUCGUACGAAAACCUUGGAAAAAGAGGUUGUGUCCGGCGAGCAUGAGAAGGUUCAGGGCGGCUAUGGAAAAUAUCAAGGUACCUGGGUUAGCUAUCAGAGGGGGGUGGAGCUUUGCCGGCGAUACCAUGUGGAAGAUCUUUUACGCCCGCUGCUUGAAUAUGACAUGGGUCAGGAUGGUGUAAGCCAAGCGGGACAGGGCGCAAUCGACACUCCAACAAAAGAGCAAGCUAUGGCGGCUCAGAGAAAACGACUCUACUAUGGCAUGGAUAGCCAAAGCUCCUCGUCCCAUGGCACGUUCUUCCAGAGUAUUUCGCGCACAGCGGCCAGUGCUGUGAGUGCUAUCAACAAGGCACGAUUCGACUCUCCAGCCAGCCGAGGUCCCGAUUCUCGACAACCUAGCGCGAUGAGAAGGUCAUCACAGAUGAGUAGCCAAGAAUCACACAUUCCCCUUGGUAGCCAGCAGAGUAUGUACAGCGUUGCGUCUGAUAGUGGCUUCGCAAGCAACAUGCAGCCUAGUCAGCGGAGCAUGGUAGAUCACGGAGAAGAAACCCAAGAACCUCCGCGAAAACGAAUGCGCUCGUGCUCAUCCUUACAACCACGGUCAUUCAAUGCUUCUAUGAACGAUCCGACGCCGACUGAGCCAAGUGAAUCGUUCUACGAGCAGAUUGAAGCCCAAACCGAUGGUGCUAGCGAUUAUGCUCACGGUCUGAAACCUUUACCGGCGGCCACCACCCCAGAGAGAUAUCAGAAGAUGAAGCUUAUCAUGACCCUAUUUCUGGACAAACGCGCAAAGGAUUUCUCUACUCAUCCUGCCUUCCUUACGUUGUCUAGCGAAGAUCUGGAAAUCCCACUUGAUGAAUAUCUUAACAGCGCCCUACACUGGGCUGCUAUGCUUGCUCGUAUGCCAUUGCUCCACGCUCUGGUUGCCAAAGGAGUCAGCAUACAUCGACUUAACGCUGCCGGUGAGACGGCGCUUCAAAAGGCCGUCGGCACGAGAAACAAUCUUGACUAUCGGACAUUUUCAAAACUCUUACAAGUGCUUGCUCCGACCAUCGAAAUAAUUGACCAUCAUGGACGGACGGUCUUGCAUCAUAUUGCGAUGAUGGCUGCAACAGGAGGUGAUGGCCAUGUUGCUGCAAAGCACUACUUGGAAUGUCUCCUUGAAUUUAUAGUACGUCAUGGAGGUCCCUCCAAUAGCCAGCAAAGUGCUGUGAACGGUGCCAAUAAUGUUUUGGGCCCCCAGAGCAUGGAGAUAAUAGGUCUAGGGAGGUUCAUGUCCGAUAUGGUAAACAUCCAGGAUGAUAAAGGGGACACUGCAUUAAAUCUUGCUGGAAGGGCUCGCACUAUUCUUGUUCCCCAGCUUCUGGAAGUUGGCGCAAGUCCUCAUAUACCUAACCACACUGGGCUUAGGCCCGCCGACUAUGGAGUUGGUGUGGAUAUGGUUAAUAGUGGUGGACAGGGCCAGCUGAACGGUGAUGCAAACGAUUCUUUCAGUAACCAACUUGCAAGAACAAAAAAGGAUAUUCUCAACUCCACUAUUGUGCAGAUAACCUCUGCCAUCGAGGAAUCCUUCAGUAUGGUGGAUAAAGAUCUGUCCGAUGACCUGAGCCAGAAGCAACAGGAGUUUGACCACUGGCACGCGAAGAUACGUGAAAGCGCAAGACUUCGGCAAAUAGAGCAAAACGAAUUAGACGAGAUAAAGCGAAGAGCCCGUGAACGCGUCGAACUUCAGAGACAGACACGGAACCUCGAACAAUCGGCGGAUGAGCUCGCUGCAACGUUAAAGGAAAUGCAGGCCGUGGACGCGAGUGAUGGAAAUGCUGGUGGCAAUUCGAAGAGAAAAGCUAUAUUUGAUGCUGACAAGUUCUACGCGUUAUUCCCUGACACGUUUGAUCCUUCGAGCGAACUCUCCGACGAACAAAAGUCGUACCUACUGGAGCAACCUUCGCCUGACCAACUCCAAACACUUCUCGAAGCCUACGAAGAACAUAAUAAAAACAUUAAUGAAGAAAUCGAGGUCCUCAAGUCUAAAAACGUUGUUCUUGGUGAACAGUACCGGCGCAUGGUCAUGGCGUGUACAGGAUGGUCUGCUGAGCAAGUGGAUGCGGCUGCGGAGGGGUUGAUGGAGUGCGUGAAGGAUUUGAAUCAAGACCCUAUGUCGGAAGAAAUGGCGCUCGAGAUUCUUAUGCAGGACCGUGGCCAAGAUUGGUGAAGUCAUGCAUGAUCGUCUCAUUCUGCUACUAUUAUCCCAGAAAAUCAGAAUCGACGUGCGACACGUCGGUGCUCGCCCGAUUCUACGCGCGCGUGCACACACAGUAUUUUUUAUUCGAGCUUUAAGUGCUUUGAUAUCCUGAUUCGCUUUCUCCUCGUUUGUACGGCAAUUACCUGUGAAUACUUUUUCUUUUUUUUUCCUUUUUUUUUUUUUUUGUGGUCUGCUUCUCCUUGAUGCAAGUGCCUUUCUUUUGUGUCCGCAGGCUUGGUCUCCCUCCCUGCUGUUAUGAUGGAAACGAACAUAAGUUUACUUUUGAGUGUCCGGUCUCUCCCAUGCUGUUGGGCUAACUGUACGGGGUAUUGAACAAAAUAAUUGAGUUGCUCAGGAACUCGUCGGCGUGUCAGGGCGAGAAGUGUAUAUACCUCAUGCACGAAGUUCUAUUCAACUAAAUACUUGGGCUAAAAAAACAGGCGCAUCUUCGAUCUAAUUCUGAAAGUUAGCGAUUUGCAG